CUUUUGUUGUGUUCAACUCCAGCGGAGCAGGAAGACGGUCGGACCAGUCGGAUCAGUCAGAACAGAGCGAGGGAAAUAACUGCGUUUACUCUCAAAUUGUCCAUUUAUUUAAGUUGACAGUAAUGUUGGUGCGCCACGGGACUUGGUGAUCUCAAUUCCCUGAUUUUGGUGAUAGCCGAAAAGGAGCGUCCCCAGGCGCUCGUACUGGAGAAAAGCGCAUAACGACAAUGCGAUUCGUUAGACCUCCUUCAACAUUUUUGGAUGUAGUUUUUUCUACGCUAUUUACCCAGCUGCUUUUGACAGUAGUUAAAGCUGAAUCUGAAUCUACAGCGGCCAGUCGCUUGGCCGGUCAGAUGUGUCCCCUGGGGGAGUUCCCCUGCGGCAACCUGAGCGUGUGUCUGCCCCAGGUGCUCCAGUGUAAUGGACACAAAGACUGCCUGAACGGGGCCGACGAGGAGCUCUGCGGUGACAACAGUGGGUGGGCAGACAUUUUCGACCGCACAUUCAACAAAGUGGAACCACAGGACCUCCAUCAUAAUGACUGCUUUCUCCAGCACUACCCAGAUAGCUGUGACUGCACCAAAACAGAAGUAGAAUGUAUUGAUGUUAAUCUGCCUGCUGUGCCGAUGGUGUCACCCAACGUCACUUGGCUGUCUUUGAGGAGCAACGCCAUAAGAGAGCUGUCUGAUGAUAUCUUCUCCAAAUACUCCCAGCUUCAGAGACUGUUUCUUCAGAACAACAGGAUAGAGAACGUUUCAGGCCGAGCCUUCAGUGGACUGCACAAACUCAGAAAACUACUGCUCAGUCACAACUACAUCACCUCCCUGAGUGGCGGCGUGUUCGGCGACCUUCACCGGCUGCAAUGGCUAAUUUUGGAUCACAACCCUCUGCAGAGCAUAUCUGAGGACAUGUUCAUUGGCCUGAAGUCUUUGAUGUUCCUGUCCCUGGUGAACACGUCCCUCUGGCGGCUGCCUGACUCCAGCCUGUGCCACCACAUGGCGCCCCUCAGCUGGCUGGAUUUGGCUGAAAACCACCUGAAGACGAUCACGUCUGUCAACCUGAAGGACUGCAAAAAUCUCACAGCACUAACGUUACGGGAUAAUGAGAUCAAGAUGGUACAUGAAGAUGUCUUUCAGUCACUCCCAGAGUUAGAAGAACUGGACUUGUCCAGUAAUAGGAUUUCGGAGCUGUCCAACAUCACUUUUAAGAGUUUGAAUUCUCUUCUCAAGCUAAAUAUCUCCUACAAUCCACUGCUUCAUAUCCACGAAGGUCACUUUGAUCAUCUGAUUCAGCUUGAAUCCCUGGUUCUCUGUUUCCCAUUAUAUUGUUGUUCCUCGUUGUGGCAUCACUCCAUGUUUAGAAUCCUGGAGGGCAUUGAGAUUCCUGAUAUCCACACCAAGAUGUUCCUUCCCAUGAAAAAUCUGUCCCACAUAUACUUCAAAGAUUUCCAGUAUUGUUCCUAUGCCCCGCACGUGAGGUCCUGCAAGCCCAACACAGACGGGAUCUCCUCCUUUGAGAACCUGCUGGCCAACCUCAUCCUGCGGGUGUUCGUGUGGGUCAUCGCCUUCAUCACCUGCUUCGGAAACCUCUUUGUCAUCGGCAUGCGUUCCUUCAUACGGGCAGAGAACAACCUGCACGCUUCCUGCAUCAAAGUGCUGUGUUGUGCCGACUGCCUGAUGGGGGUGUACCUCUUCUUCAUCGGCGUGUACGACGUCAAGUUCCGCGGCGCGUACAACCGCAACGCGCUGCUGUGGAUGGAGAGCGUGGAGUGCCGCACCAUCGGCUUCCUGGCCAUGCUGUCCACCGAGGUGUCCGUGCUGCUGCUCACCUACCUGACGCUGGAGAAGUUCCUGGUCAUCGUCUUCCCCUUCAGCCACAUGCGGCCGGGCAAGCGGCAGACGGGCCUGGUGCUGGUCUCCAUCUGGCUGCUGGGCUUCGCCAUCGCGGCGGUGCCGCUGCUCAACGAGGAGCUGUUUGGGAACUACUACGGGCGCAACGGGGUGUGCUUCCCGUUGCACUCCGACAGGCUGGAGAAGCCGACUGCCAGGGGGUACUCGACGGGGAUAUUCUUGGGGCUGAACCUGCUAGCCUUUCUCAUCAUCGUGAUGUCUUACUCCAGCAUGUUCUACUCCAUCUACCAGACGGGCCUCAACACCACGGACCUGCGCAGCCGCCUGCACAGAGACGUGGCCGUGGCCAACCGCUUCUUCUUCAUCGUGUUCUCUGACGCCCUCUGCUGGAUCCCCAUCUUCCUGGUCAAGGUGCUCUCCCUGUUGGAGGUGGAGAUACCAGGCACCAUCAACUCCUGGAUGGUGAUCUUCGUGCUUCCCAUCAACAGCGCCCUCAACCCCAUCCUGUACACACUGACCACCAGCUUCUUCCGUGAGCAGGUGGAGCUGCUGCUGUGCCGCUGGCAGCGCCAGUCGGUCCUCAAGAAGGACCGCAAGAGUCUGACCAGCUCCACCAUCUACAUGGAGACCUCUCGCCAGACCUACUACCCGCCCAAGAGCUACCUACCCCAUCAGUCCCUCGCAGACACAGAUGCCCGAUACAACUGACUUUACGGGAGGAUGAAGGAGGAGGGAGGAGUGUUGCCAGUUGCCCCUGUCGUUGCUGUAUUCAUUUGACAUGGCUUACCUGUGAUGGUGUUUUUAAUAUGCUCUCUGGGGGGGCAAAGGACCUUAUAGCCAAUCAGCUGAAGUAUUCAUGUCUCGUGUCGUCUCUGGAGUUCACCCGCCAGUUGAUCAUUGACUUUUAAAGUAUGACCACGACUUCCAUUGUGGGAGUUACACUUUGCAAUGUUGAAUUGCAGGGGAAAAAAAAGUUCAUCAUGCACUGUACUUUAUGAUUGUGGUAGCAGGGGCUUUGGUGAAUACCAUUGCUCCACAUGAAAAAAAGAGGCUCAAACAUGAUCUGAAUGGAACACACAGAGAGUGUUACCUUUUCAGGUUUUUCUUGAAGGCCCUGAUUGACCUAAAAGUUUCACAUUAAAACCAUGGCAAAUAUAAGGUUCAUAUUAUAUUGAAAAUGACAUACAAAGUAGCCUAGGCUAUAACAUAAUGUUUUAUGAAUUUACAAGAGUAAUAUUGCUCAUUUAGUGAUACAGCACUAUUCAUUCGUAGAAAAUAAGCUCAGGCAUUUAUUCCAGGUGAUCAUGUCUGCGUGGUUUUGAGCAAACUCAAGUAAAUCAGGGCCUUUCAUGAAUGUUAUGUUCGUCCUAUGGAUGUUCCCGUUGCACAUUUUAUUUGUGAGUUUACAUUUGUAUCAUUGGUAUUUAUUAGAAGCAUUAUUAUGUCUGUGUUUUCAAGUAAUUAUACCUGCAAAAAAACAAACAAACAAAAAAACAGAAACAAGAUCCAGUGAUUCUAUGUUUUCAUAAGAUGAAUUGACAACAUGUCUGUAAAGUCAUGUUCUCUGCUGAUCACUUCAAUGUCUGCAAUGUACAGAAACGCUCUCAUCAGUCAUGAUGGGAAAUGCCAAGGACACACAUGUAGCAUGCAUGCAGAAGCCAGAUUCAUCAGCUAAUUGUACUCAUCUGCAUGCUAGUGUUUGUAAACAAAUCUGUUACAGAUAAAAUAAAAAAAAAAACAUGUUGAAAGGCUUAAGCCCUUGACCCUA